GCCACUUCGUUUCCUGCCAGUAUAUCAGCUCGGUCGAGUGUCCUUAAAUCCUUCUGACCAUGACUUCCACUAUAUCCGCCAUCGAUGAUAUACUUCUCUCUGGCCGGAAGUACUCUGAAUACGUCCAUCGUAGAUCAUUGGAUCAAUUUGUCGACCGUCUGGUCUUACCUGGGAUGGUACUUCAUAUUGAGGAUAAACUUUUGAGAGACGUGUCAUGGUGCGUCGGCCCUGGCAUAUCGCUUAUUCCUACGUCGACUCCAGAUCGGUCCAACAAACUCCCCAAGUCUGUUGUCAUAUUGCAGCUCGGCACCCUGAGGCGUUACAUAUCAUCCGAUCACAGUGAUGGUGCGCACUCGAUUUCUCGUGAAUCCACACUUCGACGGUGUUUCUUAUGGGUAGAACGUCCGAUUCUUCCUGGGCCAUCCAAAUCGCUUGCCCCAUUGUGUCGGUCCACGUUCCGCUGCACGAACGACCAGUUUCAUGUUGGUGAUCGAGUGAUCGGAAUAGUCACUCGUCGCAUUGGAGACUUUUACGCCGUCGAUAUUGGUUGCGCAAACCCCGCUUCGUUAAACUACCUGUCGUUUGUCGGUGCAUCAAAGAAGAAUCGUCCCGAUAUCGGUCCUGGUGACGUCAUUUAUGCCACAGUUACCCAGGCUGACAGAGACCUGGAAAUCGAACUUUCCUGUGUAGAUGAGGCUGGUCGCGCAUCUGGCAUGGGUAUAUUAGGGCGUCAUGAACCUGGGACCGUGGGCAACGCCGGUGGAAUGGCCGGUGGGAUAUUACUACGCGGUUCUCCGGAAUUAAUUCAACGCCUGUCCAAACAAAAAGAAUAUCCUCUACUCCCACUCCUUGAGAAAGCAUUCUCAUUCGAGAUCUUUCUCGGAACCAACGGUCGAAUUUGGCUAACAGCCCCAACUGUAAAAGAAACAAUCUUGUUGGCGAAUGUCCUAUCUCUGGCGGAACACGCCUCGUUUGCUGAGUGUUUUGAACUGUGCUCUCUUCUAAAUCCACGAUGUCAGAUGGAAUGUUCCAAUGGUCAAUAAGCACGCCAUUAUUUUGUAA